UUCCGUAAAGUAAAAGUUUUAAUUGUCUAACGAAUUUUCAUUGGAAAGGUAGAUAAGCGUUUUAUUUAAAGCAAACACUUUUGCAUGAGAAACCCAGAAUCAUACUAAUUGCUACACGUACUUAAUUACAUCACUUUUGUUUUGAGACGACAUCGCCGAGUGUAAUUAACUUUCAGCCGAUGAAAAACAUGCCGACACGGGCCCCCGGGUGAGUUCAUUCGAACACCCUCAUUUUAGUAUGCCUAGCUGGGCUACUUUCAUUGGCUGUUGGUCCCGCCUCAUUUUCGGUUUUCUGGAUGUUCAUUGCUCAAACUAGACAGCCAUCGUGUUUACUGCCGACGUCAUUUAGGCGCUCGAACUCGGUAAUGAUGUUGUGGUUAUCCAUGCCUCUCAUUCGGUGCUUGUGUCUGAAGAUAUCCUUUUGACCAGUCUGCCUUGCAUGGAGUUGCGCGCUGAUGGCAACCGUGGAGAUGUCGGAGAUUAAAGGUAAAGAUGAGGAGCCUUUGGAAGGCGACGGCGAUUACGAAAGUUUACCACCUCAUGCCUCAUUGACAAUCCACAUGACAGCAGGAGCAGUGGCUGGAAUCCUGGAGCACACGGUGAUGUACCCCGUGGACUCUGUCAAGACCAGAAUGCAGAGUUUGCAGCCAGACCCGAAGGCUCAGUACAGCAGUGUAUACGAGGCUCUGAGAAGGAUCAUCCAAACGGAGGGCCUCCUCAGACCCUUGAGAGGCCUCAACAUCACCAUGCUGGGGGCUGGCCCUGCCCACGCCCUCUACUUUGCCUGCUACGAACGGGUCAAGUGCACACUCAGCGAAGUAAUUCAGAAUGGAGGCAACAGCCACAUAGCAAAUGGACUGGCAGGCUGUGUGGCCACUGUGCUGCAUGACGCAGUCAUGAACCCAGCUGAAGUGGUGAAACAGCGGAUGCAGAUGUACAACUCUCCCUACCGGAACCUGUUGGACUGUGUUCGGACUAUACGACAUACUGAGGGGCUCGCAGCCUUCUACCGCAGCUACAGCACACAGCUGGCCAUGAACAUUCCCUUCCAGGCUGUCCACUUUAUGACCUAUGAACUGUUGCAGGAGCGGCUCAACCCCCACAGACAGUACCACCCCGGCAGCCACAUACUGUCUGGGGCUGCGGCGGGAGCUGUGUCGGCAGCGAUAACCACCCCGCUGGAUGUGUGUAAGACCCUGCUCAACACACAGGAGAACGUAGCGCUCAGCUCCAUGCACAUCAGUGGUCAUCUCACAGGCAUGGCCAAUGCCUUCAGGACAGUGUAUCGCUUUGGCGGCAUGGCUGCCUUCUUCAAAGGGAUCCAGGCCCGUGUCAUAUACCAGAUGCCCUCCACUGCAAUUGCCUGGUCAGUCUAUGAGUUCUUUAAGUACUUCCUGACCAAGCAGCAGAUGGAGGGAGAGGCUGGGACAGCAGGCCCAGUCUGAGGAAGGGCUCGACCAUCCACCACACGUAUUCUGGAAGCUCCUGGCUCUCCAAUGGAAUCCAUGCCAAACGUCUCAUCGUGUUCAUAAUUUAUAUAUGUGUGCUGUUGUGUAAUAAUCUGUGUUUUCUCAAAGGGAAAUCACUGUAAUGGAGGAAGUUUGAAAGACUUGCUGCAGGGAGUAGUAGACUGUGGCACUCCUUACCCUUCUUACGUACUCAGCAAGCCCUUCCAUUGUACAGUGUCAUUCGUUAGAGGAGUGGAGGCUGUUACAUGAACAGGAAAUUAACAGAGAUGGCUUGUCUUUCCAUUAAUGCAGAGAAAAGGGCAUCUUCAUAUGGCAACAGGCCCUUUUCACAAAUCACCUGUUCACUACGUGCACAACACUCCCAACUUUGUCUAUCUCUAUCUAGUGAUUGUGUUUGGCUGCAUUCAUACAGUAUGUAUACUGAACAAAAAUAUAAAUGUAAUUUCAACGAUUUUACUGAGUUACAGUUCAUAUAAGGAAAUCAAUCAAUUGAAAGAAAUUCAUUAGGUCCAAAUCUAUGGAUUUCACAUGACUGGGCAGGGGUGCAGCCAUUGGUGUGCCUGUGAGGGCAUAGGCCCACUCAUUGGGGAACCAGGCCCAUCCAAUCAGAAUGAGUAUUUCCCAACAAAAGGGCUUUAUUACAGUCAGAAAUACCACUCCUCAUCGGUCCGGGUAACUGGUCUCAGACAAUGCUGCAGGUGAAGAAGCCAGAUGUGGAGGUCCUGGGCUGGCGUGGCUGCACCUGGUCUGCGUUUGUGAGGCCUGUUUGCAUACUGCCAAAUUCUCUAAAACGUCGUUGGAGGCGGCAUAUGUUAGAGACAUUUUAACAUGCAAAUCUCUGGCAACAGCCCUGGUGGACAUUUCUUCAGUCAGCAUGUCAAUUGCAUGCUCCAUCAACUUGAGACAUCUGUGGCAUUGUGUUGUAUGACCCUUUAUUGUCCCCAGCACAAUGUGCACCUGUUUUAAUGAUCGUGCCGAUUUAAUCAGCUUCUUGAUAUGCCACACCUGUCAGGUGGAUGGAUUAUUUUAGCAAAGGAGAAAUGUUCACGAACAGGGAUGGAAAGAUUUGUGCACAUUUGUGCUUUUUCGUGCAUAUGGGAGAAAAAAUGGGAUGUUUUAUUUCCGCUCAUGAAACAGAGGACCAGCACUUUACAUGUUGCGUUUAUAUUUUUGUUCAGUGUAGAUCUGAUAUGGGGAACUUUUAUUAUUUUUUAUUUUUUUAUUUUUUAUAAAUGUACUUUUCAGUGCUUGUAUUUUAUGGAUUCAGAAGAGACACGUGGCUUUUUGCUUGAUUUUCUUGUGUAUUUAUAAAGGACUGUUUGAAAACAUUCCUGAGUCUCGCUGCACAGUAAACACAGAACAAUUGCGCUUUCAAAGUGCCUCUUUAGUAAUGAAGUCCGCUACAAGCUAAGCUUUUUGUGUUGUUCAGGUCCUAAAUAGAUUGGACUGAUCAUAAUCAUUGUUUGCCAUUAAUAGGGCUUAUCAUUCUGUGGUUUGAAUCUCAAAUGGUCUUUUAAAUGUUAACUCUGGAAGCCAGAUUUGAUCAAUCAUAGCAUGAAACCACCCAUGUCAAAACCAGAUGUACUGAAAUAGUACCAUAUUGUUAUUUUUCCUUGGUCAGAAGGUUGGCAUCAUGCAAUGUGGCUGUAGUCUGAGCUGAACCUUUCAAGAUUAGGGAUAUUUUCUAUUCUGUGUUAGAAAUUGUCUCAACCCCCAAAUGUUGGAUAUUUUCACUUUAGAUUGGUCUUCAUUCAAACCUCCGUACUAGAGGUCGACCAAUUGUGAUUUUUAUCAGCGCCGAUACCGAUUAAUCGGACGAUUUUAUUUAUUUGUAAUCAUGACAAUUACAACAAUACUGAAUGCACACUUAU